AUGGGAUAUUUACAAUCAACUAUAAUCAAUAAAAUUGAAAAUCAAACAACGGCAAGUUGGAUUGAAGCAAUGUGUAAGCUAACUGGAAGUUACAGCAUUACAUGUUCAGCUUUGAUCACAGAAUAUGUUUGGAAUGCAGCUGAAGUUAUUCAUUCUACAAAUUCCACUUCAUUCUGUCGAAUCAUUCAUUUGUGUAAUUAA